GUGUUUGUGGCACUGGUGAUUGGGCUGACGAGCUCUGUUGUGGCCAUCGUGUACAUCUGCCUCCUGCCCCUCAUCCUGCAGACCUACACACCUGCCUGGAUCUGCUGGCACCUCGCCUACGGACACUGGAACCUCAUCAUGAUUGUUUUCCACUACUACAUGGCCAUCACCACCUCACCCGGGCACCCACCGCAGGCCAAGGACGAUCUCACCGGCGUCUCCAUCUGCAGAAAAUGCAUUGCUCCCAAGCCUGCUCGCACCCACCACUGCAGCAUCUGCAACAGGUGUGUGCUGAAGAUGGACCACCACUGCCCCUGGUUAAACAACUGUGUGGGACACUACAACCACCGCUACUUCUUCUCCUUCUGCCUGUUCAUGACCAUGGGCUGCAUCUACUGCAGCAUCAGUGGCUGGGAGAUGUUCCGGGACGCCUAUGCAGCCAUUGAGAGAAUGAAACUGCUUGAGAAGGAGAGACUGCAGGUGGCUGCCAACCAGACAUACUACCAGACCCCACCACCCACCUUCUCCUUCCGCCAGCGAGCUUUCCACAAGAGUGUGGUCUACGUCUGGGUCCUGUGCAGCUCGGUGGCAUUGGCCUUGGGUGCUCUGACGCUGUGGCACGCUGCCCUCAUCACCCGCGGGGAAACCAGCAUUGAGCGGCACAUCAACAAGAAGGAAAGGCAGAGGCUGCAGAAGAAGGGCAAGCUCUUCAGGAACCCCUAUAGUUAUGGCAGCUGGGAUAACUGGAAGGUGUUCCUCGGUGUGGACGUGCCAAGGCACUGGCUCACCCGUGUCCUGCUGCCCUCUCCUCACCUGCCCCACGGGACAGGCCUGAGCUGGGACUUGCCUCCCUGUGUGGCUGAGCAGCACGCACCGCUCCUGUCCAUCUGA